AUGGCCACGUCCAAAUUCAAAGGACAGAGUCCUUUCCGUGCCAAAGGUCGAACUACAUGUAUUCAUCACAAGGACAGACAACUUGACCUUUACUGCGAAAUAUGCAAAAGACCAGCUUGUACUAAGUGCCUGUCUACUGUACAUAGGCGUCAUACAGUGUGCGACCUUAAUGAAAUUAUUCCUCAGAAGACACAAGGCAUCUUAAAGUUCAUAGCCAAACUUGAAAAUGUUCACCUUGUACAAAUUAACCAGCAUAUCACCUCUACUGACACACAACUAAAGGAUAAUGUCAGCCGUUUUGAAAAACUUUCAAUCGAGUUGCGGACACAAACAAAUAAAUUAAAAGGAGAUCUUGACCAGUUAACAGCUCGGACUCUGUAUCUCUAUCAACAAAUGGAGGAAGAUAACACCAAGUUAUUACAAACCUACAAACAGGACCUAGAAACGUAUAGUACUCAGCUAAAACAACAAGUACAGGAAUGUGAGGUAGCACUUCGGCGUGGCUCUGACAUACAAAUCUACGACACAGUAUGUGAUAUUCAAUCUUCAGUCACUCUCCCCGUAAAACCUACCCUAGGUACUGCCAGCUUUACUCCAAACCGAAAUCCGCAGGGUCACCUGAAACAAGCUUUGGGAGAGGUUAAUAUUUCAUAUCAAGAUCAGGGUCAAGCCUUGCUAGAUCAUGACCUGUCAUUUGGAUCAGCUGCUGUACAAGGCUCAUCCCUUACUCAAGAGAGUUCAGAAAACAAAGGAAGGACAUCCUCUACACAACAGCAGUCAAAACGAAAGGUUAAGAUAUCGCCUACGCAACGAAAGUCCACAAGAAGAAAGGACAGGACCAGUCUGUUGCCUCACACAAAGGUCUUGGAGGAGUGGACACCUUCAUGUUCUAUAUCUUCUGUGUGUCCCACCACUGACGGGCAGGUUUGGACUAGUGAGGAUAUCACCAUAACUCUAUUAAACAGGAAGGGCGAAGUAAUACAGAAGGUUGAUCACAAUGCUAUGAUCAGAGACAUACGUCUGUCACCCACAACCAACACACUGUGGAUCUGUGACAGGAAAAACAACAUCGCAAAGCUCAUGUCAGGACGACUAGUAUUACGAUUCAGCACCAGGGAGACACCACUCUGUAUCAGUGUUACAGCCAGUAACCAUGUCAUUGUGGGAAUGGCCAAACACAUUUCAAAAUUCACCACAAAAGGUACAUUGGUACUUACUUCAUCGACUGCUAGGAUUGGGAAGCCAUUAGUGUGUACACCAUACAGGACCUCAGAGUGUCCUAUCACUCACAAUGUCGUAAUGACUUACUGGGAUAGUACACAUGAUGGUGGUGAAGGGAAACCAUAUGUUGUUGCAAUGGACACAGAUUUUAAGAAACUUUUUGUAUAUGAUGGUGAAGUCCCUCAUAAACGUCAACCAACGUCACAGUCAGGAUGUGCACCAUUUAACCCCCGGGGUGUGGUGUAUGACAGUGUGGGUAACUUAGUCAUAGGGGACCAUAACAACAAAAGUGUCCUACUCAUCAGUGGGCGUGGUGAAUUCAUCAGGAUCAUACACACCGACAACUUCAGAACGAUUGCUGUUGGUGUAGACAGGGAAAAUGUGCUAUGGUCUGUGUUUGGGCUUAACAAUGUCAAACUUAAACAGUACAAUAGUGCGCUACACAAACAACAAUGCAUUAUCUCGUAA